AUGAAUCCUCUUCACAAAAUAUACUUGUAAGCCUUGAUUAAUCAAUCGCAACAAGAAUCUUCUCAACAAGUGAAGUAGGAGGAGAAUAGUUAGAAAUAAAAUGUGCAAUAUUUACAAAAACAGUAACUUUUGCAGAUAAUUCAACAAUGUUAAACCUAGUACCAACCAAUUUAGCAAGUUUCCAAGCCUCCAACUUUAAUUGAGGUUCAGAAUUAGGUUACUUCUUACUUAUAGAAAAUCAUUCUUCAGAAACAAACUAUCAAUUUAACAAACGUGUUAGAUGUUCAAUUACCGUAUUUCCUGAUUAUUAUGGGCAAUCUCAUAAUAUAUGGAUUGGAAAAUUGCUCAGCAGACAAAGAAAUCGUAACAGAUCUGUUGUCACAGUAUAAAGCCAACCCAUUAAAGAUAUCAAUGAGUGGUUCUCUGUUCUAAACGAUAGCUCUUCUCUUCCGUUCUGAACUCAUUAAUUAUGAUCAAAGUACAAAAUAUCUUGCCAAUUUUUUGCUUUUCAGAGAUGACUUUUGUGACAUCUUUUUCAAUGCCCUCUAUUGCUAUCAAAUAUCGCAGGGUCAAACAGUAAGUCAGCAGAUUGGAUUUACUCAAAUACAUUAGAUCAUCAAGAAAUAACAAGACGAUGUCUGGACCACAUUCACCUUCAAAUUGCUAAGUCAAUAACAAUAAAAGUUGACUAAGGAUCAAUUUUUAAUGUAAUUCAAUAGAUAUACUCAAUCUUUGAAUAACUUUUUCACUAAAAGCAAUUUAAUAAUGGAUUUGGUUGCAUAGAGUGUUAAGCAAACAGCCAAAUUACAUAACGAUCAGAUAUUUUAGGAAUAUUUACUUAUAAUGGGAAGCUUUAAGGCCACGACUCAGGAUUUCUUAAAAAAGGCCACCUAGGUAUUCUUUGAAGAGACAGCCGAUUUAGAUUUGCUUAAAUUUAGUUCCAACACAAUUAAAAUCCAUAAGCAAAUGAAUUGCUAGAUUCUAUUCAUUUUGCCAAUGCUCCUUUAAUUGGAAAGUCAUUAUUUAGACCAUAUCAUAUAAAAUGGAUUUACAGAAAUGCAGGUCAAGAAUAGUUCUAAUUACUAUUUGAAAAUGAUUGAAAAGCUGAAAAGCAAAUGCGUUUACAAUGGUGAAGAGGAAUGCAAUUGCAAAAAGUGUUAGUGCAUAAGAAGAAAUAGAAAUUCAGCAAAAGAAUCCCAAAAAAAGAAGAGAGAAGCUUUAGAGAAAUUAGGUCCCUUAUAGGAUGAGUUUGAUAAACUCCAAAAAAAAGUUAAACAACUAGAAACUGAGAAUCAAUACAUGACUUCCUUAUUGUUUGAUGUAUUCAAACACCCUUCUGUUGAAAAAAUAGCUUCUUAAUUUCUCGAGCCCUUAACCAAAAUAAUUGCAGAUUCAGACCCAAUUGACGAAUGUUGA